AUGAACCAUAGCCGGUCUUCCCCCCCUUCCCCCCCCCCACUCCUCCGAGGCGCAGAUCCGAGGCCUGCUGCCCCCCUCCUCUCCAGAGCUUACCAGCGCCUCUGGGACUCCUCCCACGUGACCCUGCAAGAGCUGCUGGACCAGGAGCAGGCCCUGCUCGAACCCGUGCCCCCCAGGGAGCGGCAGUCGUUCCAAUACAGGCUCUCGUCGAUCUACCUGCACUACCUGGGGCUGAUGCGCCGGUUCGACACCCUCUACGACCAGAUGGUGCAGCCGCAGAAGCGGCGGCUGCUGCGGCGGCUGCUGGACAGCGUGGCGGGCCGCGUGCUGGAGCUCAAGGACGACCUGGUGCGCGCCGACCUGAGCGAGUACCACUGCCUGGACCGCGUGCUGCAGGACCUCAAGCUCACCCCGGCAGACCUGGAGGUUCCAAUCCCCAAAUACUUUCUGCUGGAGCAGUCCACCAUUCUGAAGGAGCGAGGGCUGAUGCUGGCAGAGAUCCUGUCCAGAAUGGAGCCAGUGACCUCUGAGGGGGGUUUUCCAGAAAUGCACCGGACCGAGGCCAUAAUCCUACUGCAAAGGGCUGAGCGGGCUAGGCAAGGCCGGCUCCGAGCCACCUUCAUGCGAGAGAUUCGGAAAGAGGAGGAGCGCGAUAGGAAGAUUCGAGAGGACAGUUGGCACAAGUUCAAUCAGGACCAAGCGGCUAUCACCAUACAGAAGGUGUGGAAGGGUUACCUGCAGAGGAGACGUACUCAGCAAGACCGGCGAACGGAGAUGGAGUUCAUUGGCAUGCUCCCCUCGCCACCCAACCAGGUGGGGAAUGUGGGUGUCGUGUGUCAAGCCGGCUUCGGGGAGGAUAUCCGGAGGAUCCGCCAGACAGAGAAGGAGGAAGAGUUCCAGUUGGCGAUGGUGAAGACCCAUGACUCUCUCAAAGAGACAGAGGGGCCCGACAUGAAGGAGAAAUUGAAGGAGCAGAUCCGACAGUGGUUUAUUGAGUGCCAUGCCCUUACUGGCCGAUUCCCUGAUUAUCCAGAUGAGUCUGUAGGUGGAUCCUACCUGAUCUUUGCAGACAAGACUCCAGAACAGGUAAAAAUGGAACUGGAGGCACAGAUCCAGGAGAGCAAAAAAAAGGACCAAGAGAAAAACAAGGAAAAAGAAAAGGAGAAAAAAGAGAGGAAGCAGAAGAAAGGGAAGAAAGAGAAGACCAGGAAGGGGGAAGCAGACACAAUGCUGAAAGUGUGGCCAUCCAAAUUUAUACCUGUGAUUAAUGCCGGACAUGAGGAGUACAUAAACCUGUGGAGGAACCAGUAUGAGAGUAUAUACCCGAAACAGAGUUUUGACCCCGAGACGCUCCGGAUGGAGAAGAGGAAGGAAGUAGAGCAGGAGAUCCGGAUACAGGUGGAUGAGCUGAUGCGUCAAGAGCUGAAGACCCUGCGCCUGGCCGUGGACAGGGAGGAGGGGAGACCCUUGAAGUAUCCGAAGAAAAAGACUGGGAAGAAAGCUGGGAAGAAGAAGAAGGAAAAAGAUCUGACCCCAAACAGGUCCGUGGACUCUCUGUUUGAAGAGCUCGUGGUCUUUGGCUUUCUAAGGAAGAGCGAGACAGUGGCCUUGAAAGAUUACAUCGGUGACUACCUCUAUCUUGGAUCCAUUCUGAACCUGGCAAACAAGUUGCCUAUGCCUUCCCUGUUUGACAUACGACAGAAUGUGGCCUUGUAUGGGGUCCUUCGGCUUGGCUCCCCAGAUAUACACUCCAUGGCUCCCCUCAUCCGCUCCAUCCUCCUGGUGGGCCCCUCUGGCAUGGGGAAGAAGAUGCUGGUCAAGGCCGUGUGCACAGAAACUGGUGCCAACCUGUUUGACCUGUCACCUGGCAACCUGCAGGGCAAAUAUCCUGGCAAGAUGGGGGUGCAGAUGAUAGUUCAUAUCGUCUUUAAGGUGGCUCGACUCUUACAGCCCUCCGUGAUCUGGAUUGGGAAUGCCGAGAAGAAUUUCUAUAAGAGGGUCCCAAAAGAAGAGAAGGAGAUGGACCCAAAGCGAAUAAAGAAGGAUCUCACCAAAGCCCUGCGACUGCUGGGCCCAGGAGACCGUGUGAUGCUGAUAGGGACAACUGACCAGCCGCAUCUGGCCGAGAUGAAGGGGCUGUGCCGGACCUACGAACGGAUCCUCUACAUGCCGCGGCCUGAUUACGCUUGUCGCUACGUGCUCUGGAGGCAGAUGAUAGAGGCCCAGGGGGUCCAGGUGACCCAGAACCUAGACAUCAGUGCCCUGGCCAAGGUGUCUGAUGGCUACACACCCGGUCACAUUCUCCAAGCCAUCCACUCAGUGCUGACCGAGCGGCGGGUCCUGCAGCUGUCCAAGCGGCCCCUGGUGGCCUCAGAGUUCCUGGGGCAUCUGGCCAAGCUGGAGCCCGUGUACCGGGAGGAGGAGGAGUCCCUGAAGGACUGGUACUUCAAGACUCCACUGGGCAAGAGGAGGCUAAAACUCAUCAAGGACCAGGACGCUGAGGAAGCCAAGCUGGCGAAGGAGAAGAAGAAAAGGAAGUGAUGGUUGAGGCCAGGGUGCCCGAGGUUGGCAGGGGGACUGGGCGGCUCCCAGCCGUGGAGGGCCUGUGGCAGAGGCAUAAACGGCCACGCAGCUCGGGGAGCGGCUCUCUCUGUCCAUCUCCGCGCUUCCCGCCCCUGCUCCGCGCCCCCUGCCUGUGCCCAGCCUCCCCCUCUCGCCCCACCCCUGCUGGCCCUCCGUCCUCACCCACUCACAGCCUUCACCCUCAGGCCCCAGAGCCCUGUCCU